GAGGAAAAGGAGGAAAAGGAGGAGAAGGAGGAGAAGGAGGAAAAGAGGGAAGGGAAGGAAAAGAAGGAAAAGAAGGAAAAGGAGGAAAAGGAGGAAAAGAAGGAAAAGGAGGAAAAGGAGGAAAAGGAGGAAAAGAAGGAAAAGAAGGAAAAGAAGGAGAAGGAGGAGAAGGAGGAGAAGGAGGAAAAGAGGGAAGGGAAGGAAAAGAAGGAAAAGAAGGAAAAGAAGGAAAAGAAGGAAAAGGAGGAAAAGAAGGAAAAGAAGGAGAAGGAGGAAAAGAGGGAAAGGGAGGAAAAGGAGGAAAAGGAGGAAAAGGAAAAGAAA